CCUGAGUGGUCGAUCAGCUUCCUCUUCUUCGAGCUGUACAUACACACACACAACGCACCACUUCUCACGCGACAUCUCUCCUUUCCUUCGUUCUCGAGAGCUCCUCAAAGGCAGCCUGCCGUCUCUCGCCCACCAUGUCCAGCUCACAGUGUUUGCGCCGUCUGGCCCGAAGCUCGCCUCGACCAGCAACUCUGCGCCAACCUCUCGCAAGCACCACUCGCGCAACGCAGUCAUAUAGCAGCUUGCGCGCACUCUCCACAGCUUCGUCGUCCUCAAAAGCACUCCCUGCGCUACGACAAUCACCGAAGCUCUUUUCACCUGUUCAAUUGCGCCAAUUUAGCCUCUCUACGCAGCGAUGGGAGGAGCAAAUGGUGCAGGUGCCGCAAAUGGCCGAAUCCAUCUCCGAGGGAACCCUAAAACAGUUCUCAAAACAGGUUGGCGACUACGUGGAGCAGGAUGAGGAAAUCGCGACCAUCGAGACCGACAAGAUUGAUGUUGCCGUCAACGCCCCAGUUGCCGGUACCAUCAAGGAAUUCCUGGCAAACGAGGAGGACACGGUUACUGUAGGACAAGAUCUCGUGAGACUCGAGCUCGGCGGCGAGCCAGGAGAGAAGAAGGCACCUGCGAAGGAAGAACCAAAGGAUGCCGCACCCGCUGAACAAAAGACACCCCCAUCGCAACAGGGCUCGACGGAGAAUGCGCAGAGCCAACAGCCCAAGCAGGAAUCAAAGCCGGAGCCAAAGAAGGAAGAAUCAAAACCCGCGCCAAAGAAGGAGGAGUCAAAACCUGCGCCAAAGAAAGAGGAGCCCAAGAAGGAGCAGACCGAGUCAUCUCCAUAUGGCUCGCGUAGCGAGAACCGGGUGAAGAUGAACCGCAUGCGCCUGAGGAUCGCAGAGCGUCUGAAGCAGUCGCAAAACACUGCUGCUUCCCUCACCACAUUCAACGAGGUCGAUAUGUCACAGCUCAUGGAUCUGCGCAAGAACUACAAGGAUGAGAUCCUGAAGAAGACUGGCGUGAAGCUUGGCUUCAUGAGCGCAUUCUCGAAGGCUGCUGUGCUGGCCAUGAAGGAUGUUCCAACUGUCAAUGCCGCGAUUGAGGGACCAGGUGGUGGUGAUACCAUCGUCUACAAGGACUACGUCGACAUCAGUGUUGCUGUCGCAACCGAGAAGGGUCUCGUGACACCUGUUGUGCGAAAUGCUGAGAGCUUGGACAUGGUCGGCAUUGAGAAGGCGAUCGCUGAUCUCGGCAAGAAGGCUCGCGACAACAAGCUUACCAUCGAAGACAUGGCUGGCGGCACUUUCACCAUCUCCAAUGGUGGUGUCUUCGGCUCCAUGUUCGGAACUCCCAUCAUCAACCUCCCACAAACUGCUGUCCUCGGUCUCCACGCCAUCAAGGACAAGCCUGUCGCUAUCAACGGAAAAGUCGAAAUCCGCCCCAUGAUGUACCUCGCUCUCACAUACGACCACAGACUACUAGAUGGUAGAGAAGCCGUGACCUUCUUGGUCAAGAUCAAGGAAUACAUUGAGGACCCCAGAAAGAUGCUUCUGGCGUAGAUGAGUUUAGCGUGUCACUGUUUGUAGCAUUUUCCCGUGUACAAAACGUCCAUUUAGCACAUGGUCAAGCUGGCCUAAUUCACAACCACCUCGUUGCAUUCCGA